GGAUCUGGAGGGUUUGUUGAGAGGUCUAUGACGUGGUCGUGCAAAAGCUUGUGGAAAUGGGACGUUAGGCGCGGCCGCAAGAGGUGCAUAUGGAGCGUAUGGAGCAUAGUACGUUGCCUGGCUCUGACCAUAGGGAUUCUGACCGAUAUGCAGCUGAGAUGGAGUAUAGUUCCUGAGUAUUCAAGAUAUCAGAGAGCAGUACGAGCAGGAGCAGCUUUUACUAGGGGGUAUGAGCUGGGGUGGUUAGGGGGAGAUUCGCAAAAGAUUGAAAGUUCAUAGAUGACAGGCGGCUGUUUUCGAAGAGAGUUUACAACGUGCAGAUGGAGGGCUUAAUCAGGCCAGGAUUACCAGUCAUGAGGCUAGUUCUCGUGCAUUCCACGAGUAAAAACACCCAGGCAGUCAAUUAGGAAUGAUAUGCAAAAGCGUGUCCAACGAGCAAUACCAUGAUGGUCAGAAAGGAGGAGAUGCUGCUCAUUGGACGCGAGCUUUCGUAAUGAUGGGGUUUGGCGCGUUCGACGUACACCGUUCUCUCUCUCGUACCAUGGCUUCCAGAUUCUACAAUUGGCUGCGCUCGCCAGCAGCACGGCAAUAUUUCUUCAGCACGCACUUUUGGGGACCAGUAGCCAACUGGGGUUUACCUCUUGCGGCCAUCGCAGACUUGCGCAAAGAUGAGGAAGUUAUUUCUGGAGCCAUGACCACUGCUUUAGCUGCUUACUCUUUAGUGUUCAUGCGUUUCGCAUGGCGUGUAAUUCCUCGCAAUUACUUGCUAUUUGCUUGUCACGCAACCAACGCGACGGCCCAGCUGGUACAAGAGGGUCGCUUCGUGAACUACUGGUACAUGGGCGGAAAGGAGAAGAAAGAGGCAGCGAAGAAAGGGCCUGUCACAGAGGCCAUAGAAGCAGCGCGAGAAGAAGCCAAAAAGGUCGCUGCCGCAAAAUGACAUACUCGUCUUGCCUGUUGUCCUCGUUUUCGUACGCACUUGCUGAUGUUACUAUAGAUAUGUAUACCAAUAUAUUACUAAUUAUACA